AACUGAAACGUUCUCAUGGGUAUCAAGAAGAUAUUUGGAGCAAUUUUCUUUGUGUUAUUAGGUAUAGGUAUCUGUUCUGCAACUAGAUCUCUCCUUACUCUUGAUGAAGUAGCUUCUCCCGGUGGACAUGGAGGUGGUGGUGGCAGUGGUGGUGGGGGAGGUAGUGCAGGUGGACAUGGUGGUGGAGCUUCUGGAUAUGGUGGUGGAGGUGGUGAAGGAGGUGGAGCUGGUGGUGGUUAUGGAGGAGCCAGUGGACAAGGAGGUGGUGCUGGUGGUGGCAGUGGUGGAGGCGGAGCUAGUGCAGGUGGUGCUUCUGGGUAUGGCAAUGGAGGUGGCGAAGGAGGUGGAACUGGUGGUGGUUAUGGAGGAGCUGGUGGACAUAGAGGUGGUGCUGGUGGUGGCAGUGGUGGAGGCGGAGCUAGUGCAGGCGGAGCUAGUGCAGGUGGCGCUUCUGGGUAUGGCAAUGGAGGUGGCAACGGAGGUGGAACUGGUAGUGGUGGUGGCUAUGAAGGAGCUAAUGGACACGGAGGUGGUGGUGACAAUGGUGGUGGAGGAGCUAGUGCAGGUGGAUAUGGUGGUGGAGCUUCUGGAUAUGGAAGUGGAGGUGGUGAAAGAGGUGGAGCUGGAUAUGGAGGAGCUCGUGGACAUGGAGGUGGUGGUGGUGGCGGGAGUGGUGGAGGCGGUGCAGGAGCAUAUGGUGGUGGAGGGGCACAUGCAGGUGGAUAUGGCAGUGGAGGAGGAGCUGGAGGAGGUGUUAAUGGUGGUGCAAGUGGUGGUGUUGGAGGUGCAAAUGAGGGAGGAUAUGGAAAUGGUGGCAGAGCUGGAGGUGAUGAAGGUGGUCACUAUUAGCCUUGAAAGUACCUUGUCACCUUUAUCAUAUAUUAAGAGUAUUAAUGUUGUUACAACUGGUACUAAAAAAAAAUAAGUGUAAUUUGAUUACGUAAUCCAAAAUAUUUAAAAAUAUUGUAUGAAACUUAUAGAAUCCAAAUAGAUGAUGUUAAAAGUUAUAUCAUAUGAUAAUAUUGAAAUGAAUCUAUC